AUGGAACCGGCCUUGGUUCAGGAGCUCACGACGCCCAACGGCCAUGUCUACUCGCAGCCCCUGGGGCUGUUCAUCGACAACGAGUUUGUGCGGGCGUCGACGGCGGCGCCCAUCACCGCCAUCGAUCCCGCGACGGAAAUAGAAAUCGCCAGCGUCCAAUCAGCUGCGGCGGAGGACGUCGACCGGGCAGUGCAGUGCGCCAGGAGAGCCCUGCGCAGCGACGCCUGGAGCAAGGUGCCGGGCAGCGAGCGAGGCAGGCUCCUGGCCAAGCUGGCCGAGCUCAUGGAGGAGGACAAGGCGCUCCUGGCAUCGGUCGUGUCGUGGGAGAACGGCCUGCCCUACACGUCUGCCGCGGGCGAAGACGUCGCGGGCGCGAUCGAGACGGUGCGCUACUACGGCGGAUGGGCCGACAAGGUUGGCGGCCGGACCGUCACGCCGUCGCCGCAGAAGCUCGCUUACACGCUCCGCGAGCCCGUGGGCGUCGUCGGCCAGAUCGUGCCGUGGAACAGCCCCCUCAUGAUGGCGGGCUGGAAGCUCGGCCCCGCCCUGGCCUGCGGGAACACGGUGGUGCUCAAGGCGGCGGAGCAGACGCCCCUGAGCAUCCUGCUGCUCGCUCGGCUCGUCCGGCGGGCGGGCUUUCCGCCGGGGGUCGUGAACCUGAUCAACGGCCGGGGCGGGGAGGCCGGGGCCGCCCUGGUCCGGCACCCCCUCGUCGACAAGAUCGCCUUUACGGGGUCGACGGGAACGGCGCGGUCCAUCAUGUCUCUGGCCGCCGGGACGCUCAAGAAGAUUACGCUCGAGACCGGCGGCAAGUCGCCGCUGCUUGUGUUUCCCGACGCCGAUAUGGACCAGGCCGUCAAGUGGGCGCACCUGGGGGCCAUGGCAUAUUCAGGGCAGAUAUGCACCUCGACGAGCCGGAUUCUCGUCCACAGGGACGCCUAUGACCUCUUUGUGGCCCGGUUUCAGCAAGCCGUGCGUGAGCGCUCCGUAGUAGGGCCCCAGUGGGACGGUGAUACCUUCCAAGGCCCGCAGGUCUCCAAGGCGCAGCUCGACCGUGUGCUUGGGUACAUUGAGCGGGGGAAGCAGGAGGGCGCGACGCUGCUCAUGGGGGGCUCUGCGUGUCCCAUCGACGGCAAGGGAUACUACGUGCAGCCGACCGUCUUUGUCGACGUUGCGCCGUCCAUGGCCAUAUACCGGGAGGAGAUCUUCGGCCCGGUGGCGGUCAUCUGCCCGUUCGACGACGAGGACGACGCCAUUGCAAAGGCCAACGACAGCUCGUACGGCCUCGGCGCCUCUGUGUUUACGAGGGAUGUGCAAAGAGCCCACCGGGUGACGGCCGAGAUCGAGGCCGGCACGGUCUGGAUCAACAGCAGCCAGGACUGCGACUUUCGCAUUCCCUUUGGCGGGUUAAAGCAGAGCGGUAUUGGCCGGGAACUAGGCGAGGAGGGCUUGGAGGCGUACACGCAGGUCAAGGCUGUCCACAUCAACAUGGGCACAAGAUUGUAG